UUCAGUCCGGGGUUCAAGGACGUCGUUGUUACAUGUCUAUAUUUUUUAAAUUUUAUCUGUGGCAUUUAAAUUCUGUGCGUUUACGGUUUAUCAGAGACAGUUUGAUGGGUGCUGGAUAAGCUUGGCCAUCCGAGCGUCUUAAUUGUGCUAAUUUGGAAGUAUUUAUCAAUAGUCAAAAUGACAGACGACGAGUCGGUUUCAAAUAUGAAAAGGCAGAAUGUCAGGACUCUGUCGCUUGUAGUUUGUACGUUUACAUAUUUAUUGAUUGGAGCUGCUGUUUUUGAUGCUCUGGAGUCAGAUACUGAGAGAAAACGGUGGGAAUUUCUGUCUGAAAUAAGGAGGAAUAUGAUUAGAAAGUAUAAUAUUUCACAAGAGGAUUACAGAAUGGUGGAGAUUGUUAUUAUUGAAAAUAAACCCCACAAAGCUGGACCACAGUGGAAAUUCGCUGGGGCAUUCUAUUUUGCAACUGUCGUACUUGCUAUGAUUGGAUAUGGACAUUCAACCCCUGUAACAGUUUGGGGAAAAGGCUUCUGCAUGCUCUAUGCAACAAUUGGAAUUCCCUUGGGUUUAGUAAUGUUCCAGAGUAUCGGAGAGCGAUUGAAUAAAGUGGCAUCAGUUGUCAUCAGACGGAUGAAGAAAUACAUGAGGUGCCACAAGACAGAGGCGACAGAGAUGAAUCUCAUGCUUGCCACUGGUGUUCUCUCCAGCAUCAUCAUCACUACUGGCGCUGCUGUGUUCUCCCGCUAUGAGGGUUGGAGCUACUUUGAUAGUUUUUAUUACUGUUUCGUCACAUUGACAACUAUUGGAUUUGGGGAUUAUGUCGCUCUGCAGAAUGAUCAAGCACUGUCUACAAAGCCCGGAUACGUUGCCCUAAGUCUUGUAUUUAUACUCUUUGGUCUGGCAGUUGUCGCUGCCAGUAUAAAUUUGCUCGUUCUUCGCUUCAUGACAAUGAAUGCAGAAGAAACCAGGAGAGACGAGAGUGAACUCCAAGCCUCUUCUCACCAUGUUCUCACCCUGGAUGGUGAGGUUCUAGCAGUCAAUGGAAAAUUACUAUCAAGUCAUGUUCCUCCAAUGAUCCACGAGACUGAUGAUUGUGUGAGUGUUUGCUCAUGCACCUGCCUUGGUACUGCCACCACCGAGCUGAUCGACUCUUCAGGCUACCAGGGCUACCGUCCACCAUCUAGCAGUGCCAGUCUACGUGUGAAACGUGCGUCUGUUUGAUGGAGGGAGUAUCGCCGUCGUAGUAGUCAAAUUCGUCGGUUGUGGAGGGUUGAGAGUAAAGAACGUCUUGGCAACAGUGCCGCUUCAACAUGAAUGAUCAUCAUUAUUCACACAAGUUGUUGCUAUAAUAAAAACAAAUAAGAGCCAGAAGAGGAAAAAUUAUCCUCAAUUAAGGAUCUAAAGACUGAUAUAUAUAUAUAUAUAUAUAUAUAUAUAUAUAUAUAUAUAU